AUGCGCAUGAUCAGUCAAGUUCCUCUACUAGCACGAUUGCCUUUCUGGCGCAAACAACUUUUGGAUGAAAAUUCUCGAAGAGUGUCCAAUUUCGUUGAACAAAUCAUUGCUGAUCGACGAAAAGGUCGAUCUGCUAGUUUGUGUGCCGGCGCUGACCUCCUCGAUCUACUUCUCUCAGCUGUGGAUGAUGAAGGACAACCAUUUAGUGAUCAGGAAGUGAAAGACGAGGCGUUGACUUUUGUGGUAGCGGGUCAUGAAACAACCGCUAAUCUUAUGACAUGGGCCAUGUAUGUUUUGAUGACAAACGAGUCUGUAUUACGUGCCUGCCGUGAAGAAGUUGAUCAGGUGCUGCCGAAUGGAAUGAUACCCAGUUAUGAACACAUGAAUGAUUUACAAGUAUGCGAAGCUAUUUUACAGGAAACACUUCGUCUUUACCCGCCAGUGCCCUGGUUUGUACGAAAAUGUAUUCGAGAGCACACCAUCGGUAGUGACGGUCACCAUCAAGUGCGUAUUCCUGUCGGCACAACCAUUGCAAUUAUGACUUACAUGCUCCAUCGACGUGCUGACUUCUGGCCUCGGCCACUUGAAUUUGAUUAUAUGCGAUGGAUGCGUAAUCCGAUGACCGGUCUCAAACCGAAACUUACUCAUCCUUUCUGCUAUUUACCCUUCGCUGCCGGUUCACGUAAUUGUAUUGGACAAAAUUUUGCCUUGCUCGAAGCCAAAGUUAUGUUGGCUAUGUUCGUACAACGAUGUAAUUUUUCAAUCGAGCCUGGUCAAACAAUCGUACCUCAGAUUACUAUUACGAUGAGACCUAAGUAUGGGUUAAAAGCUAGAGUAACGAAACGAUCAUAG